AUGCAUGGCAUAGCCAUUCCUGCGCUUAUCCGCGUGCAUUUCGUGCUGAACCGUGUCGUGGAGCACACAUCCGACCCUGCCCAGGGGCUAUCGGAGGUGCAGGUGGUGGUGAACCGGGGGCGGUAUGGGGAGAACCGGCUGACGCCAGGGUACGUGAUGCCGUGGUGGGUGCGCUACCUGCUGCAGUUCACCAACUUCUUCUCCCUGCUCCUCAUUGUCGCCGCCGCCCUCUGCUUCCUCGCCUACGCCAUCGACCCCGCCCAUGACAAGGAGAACCUAUACUUGGGCAUAGUGCUGGUGGUGGUGGUGGUGGUAACGGCGUCCUUCACGUACUGGCAGGAGGCGCGCUCAGAGCACAUCAUGGACUCCUUCCGCCAGCUCAUCCCCGCCACCUCCCGCGUCCUGCGCAACGGCCGUGUGCAGGUGGUGGAUGCGAGUGAGUUGGUACCAGGGGACGUGGUGGAGCUGAGUGAUGGCGACAAGGUCCCAGCGGACAUACGCCUCAUACACGCCACCGACCUCACUGUGGACAACAGUGCGCUGACGGGCGAGUCAGCGGCGGUGGAGCGCGGGGCGGAGCUGGCAGUGGAUGCGCAGGGCAAGCCCGUGACAGAGCCGCUGGAGGCAGCCAACCUCGUGUUCUACGCCACCAUUGUGGCCAGCGCCCAUGGCAAGGGCGUCGUCAUUGGCACCGGGGAUAACACUGCCAUGGGGCAGAUCGCAGGUCUGUCGGUGCUGACACCCCCGGGGGACACGCCGCUAGCAGUGGAGUUGAAGCAGUUGGUGGGCAUGAUCAGCCUGAUGGCCGUGGUGAUGGGGCUCGUGUUCUUCGGCAUCGCGCUGCUGCUGGGCGACCCCUUCCUGCACACCGUGGUGUUCGGCAUUGGCGUCAUUGUUGCCAACGUGCCUGAAGGGCUCAUGGCUGCUGUCACGGUGUCCCUGGCGCUAGCAGCGAAGCGCAUGCAUGUGCGCAGUGUGCUGGUGAAGAACCUGCAGGCCGUGGAGACCCUUGGCUCCUGCACCGUCAUUGCCUCUGAUAAGACCGCCACCCUCACCCAGAACCGCAUGACCGUCCAGCACUGCUGGUACGACCUGCGGGUGUUUGAUUGUCCGGUGGUGCGAAACCGGGUGGAGUGGGAGGAGGUGAUGCGAGGGCCAGCAGCAGCGACAGCGUAUGAGCCGCAGUCACCCACAUUCCAGAAGCUGCAGCUCAUCAUCUCGCUCUGCAGCAACGCCGUCUUCCUCACAGAGGGGCUGGUGAUGGGCAUAGAGAUGCGGCGGCGCGAGUUUGACCUGCACGCGGCGCCGUGUGCAGGGGACGCAUCAGAGCAGGGGCUGCUCAAGUUCGUGGAGCCGCUGCGGCCCGCCAAGGAGCUGAGGGACCUGUACGCCAAGCUGUUUGAGAUCAAGUUCUCCUCCGCCACCAAGUGGCAGCUCUCCAUCCACGUCCAGUCAGCGCAGAACCGGUUACCGCCGGUGCUGGUGAUGAAGGGCGCACCAGAGACGGUGCUGGAGCGGUGCGCAUACAUCCUGGUGAACGGGCAGGUGUACGACCUCACCAGUGACAGCCGCAAGCACUUCCAGGAGGCCUCUGCUUCCACACGCUCGUUCACCCCAACCCCCUCCUGUCCAUCCCUCCCCCCUUUCUCCCCGCCUUCCCUCUUCCUCCCUUCCCUUCUUCCCCUUCCCCUUCUCGUCUCACCCCCCCCCCGUCUCCUCUCGUGGCAGUUCACGCACAAGCCGCAGCCCAACUUCCCCACGGGCGGGCUGGCGUUCGUGGGCAUGGUGAGCCUCAUGGACCCGCCGCGCCCGGGCGUGCCCGAGGCCGUGGCACAGUGCCGGCGCGCCGCUGUGAAGGUCAUCAUGGUCACGGGCGACCACCCCAUCACCGCCACCGCCAUCGCCACCACGGUACAUGCGAGAAACACAGGCGGAUGGGGAAGGGGACGGGAGGGAAGGGGGAAGAGGGGGGAGAGGGACGGGAAAUUUGUAAACGUGGGCAUAUUGGAGAGCAGCAAGGUGGAGGCGGGCAGUGCGGCGGUGGUGACGGGUGAUGACAUCAGGGCGUGGAGUGCACUCACCCCCAGGGAGGAGAUUCUCAAAUGGGACGAGGCCCUCUCGCACGACCAGGUAAUCUUUGCGCGGGUGUCCCCAUCGCACAAGCUGCUGCUGGUGGAGCACUGCCAACGGCGGGGGGAGAUAGUGGCAGUCACGGGGGACGGGGUCAACGACGCACCCGCACUCAAGAAGGCCGACAUUGGUAUUGCCAUGGGCAUUGCCGGCAAGGACGUGUCCAAGGAAGCAGCGGACAUGAUCCUGAUGGACGACAGCUUUGCGUCCAUAGUGAGCGGCGUGGAGGAGGGGCGGCUCAUCUUUGACAACCUGAAGAAGACCAUCUGCUACGCGCUCACCGUCAACGUGCCGCAGCUCAUCCCCUACCUCGACAACGUGCUGCUCGGCGUGCCCCUCGCACUCUCCACCGUGCUCAUGCUCGCCAUCUGCCUCGGCACCGACAUGCUGCCUGCUAUCUCCCUGGCUUACGAGGAGAAGGAGUCGGACAUCAUGGACCGGCCGCCAAGGAACCCCAGGCGGGACCGCCUGGUGAGCUGGCGGCUGAUCAGCCAUGCGUAUCUGCUCAUCGGCGCCGUGCAGACGCUCGCUGGCUUCCUCGCCUACCUCGCUGUCUUCAACGACUAUGGCUUCCGCCCCAAUAUGCUGCAGCGAAUCGGGUUUGACUUCGCGCGCAACCCCAUCAUCUGCACGUUCGACCGGGACAACGAGCCCUACGACUGCGGGUACGGCUGCGGCCCGCCCAACUACUCCCUCGCCAUGCCCGACACGUCCUCGCCGCCCGCGGCACAGCCCUACUGCUACCAGGGCUGCCCCAUGCCCAACAGCAACGUGACGCCAGUGGUGGUGGAUCCGUUCAGUGAGAUGGGCGCGGCGGGGUUCAAGGGGCAGCACUUCUGCGCGCUCACCUGCAACACAUCGGCUUCUGCCUUUCCGGGGGGUGUGCUGCCGUCGCAGUGCUCCAGCCCGUCGCUCUCCUCCAAUGUGGGGUUCCCAGGGCGGCAGCAGCUGGGAAAGCCGCUGGGGCCGUACAACGGGUGGUACUGGUGGGCGGGGCGAAAGCAAUUGCAGCCCAACACGCAGUACCAGGUGGAGGUGUUGCGCUAUGCCCAGUCCGCCUACUUUGUCGCUGUCAUCGUCACCCAGUGGGCCAACCUGCUCGUGUGCAAGACCCGCCGCCUCUCGCUCUUCCAGCAGGGCAUGCGCAACCACGUGCUGACCUUCUCGCUGUUCUUUGAGACGCUGGUGGCAGCAGCGCUGCUGUACUGGCCGUUCCUGCAGGAGGUGUUUGACACGCGGCCCCUCAAUGUGCUCUACUGGUUCAUCGGCGUGCCCUUUGCCCUCACCAUCCUCGCCAUUGGAGAGCUCCGCAAAUGGCUCAUUCGCAAGUUCCCAG